AAUCAUCAGCGGGUGAAAGCAUGUCAAGGGAAGAGGAAAAAUCAACAAGUGAUGCCAGAGCGCGAACACAUUAACACAUGAAUUACCGAGCGGAAAAAAAUCAAACAAAGAAGGAAAAAUUAGGAUUCAAAAAAAGGGCGCAAAAGAGGAUGCAAAAAGAGGAUGCAAAAUAAGGAUGCGAUUGAAGGCAUAGUCAAAAGCACGGCAAUACAGUAAGGCGAAAUAAUUGACGUAUGCAUACAUGUAUAUUUGCAUACCCCCAAUGCAUACGCGCGAAUAUUUACUUGCAUAGCGGAGAGAGGAUAUAACACAGAAAAUACGGUCAAGUGCACGAAAUUGGGAAAAAGGGUGAAAUAGCGAUAGAAAGAGGGAGGUACUAAGGAGUGAACGGUGCGAACGGCACAAACGGGACGCAGCAAAGAGUAACGGAGGGUAGCACUAGCGGAAACGCAGUGAGAAGCACUAGGAGCGGCGCAACGAGCCGUACACACACACGCGGACGCACACAGAGGAACUGGCACGUUAUGGGUGCGAUGACCGGAAUAGAAGAGCAAAAUAUAUGAUGUUCUCACUGCAUAAGCAUUGCUUAAGUUAAAGUAGUAGGGAAAAUAUAUUCUUCUUCCCUUUUUGCCACACAAUAUUUUCCCCCCGAUUAAUGUUUUUGCAUUGCCACUAACUUAGGUCAAAAUGAGCAGAUCAGAGGACUUAGAUCCAGACAUGCUUGCACUGUUGACGUGCGCAUUCGAUGAAGGAGUGAAGGUGAAAGGCGCAGUGGAAGUUGGAAAAAGAGCAGUGGAAUAUUUCCGAGGAGAUGAGUUUGUGCAUUUCCUCUACACCAGAAGGGACAUGCUAAAAAAAAAGUUCCCAACUUUACUGCAAAAUAGGACCUUAGCAGAUUUGAAAGAUAUAGAGGAAUUUUCAGACACGUUUAUACAGAAGGGAUUUAUAUAUAAAGCGCAAUAUAAGCCAAUUAAGGGUAUAAACGAGAUUGAUGAAAAUGGAAUGUAUAGGAGACCGAAAUGGCCAAGGAGGUUAAUAAUGUCUUCAAAACAAAAUUUUGAUAGGACAAGUUUUUACAUUCUAGUUCAUGAAAGGAAUAAGAAGUUACAAUAUUUGAUGUUAAUUACGUUGAUAUCUAUAGUACUAAUUUGUUGUAUGUUUCCUAUUUGGCCCCUGAGAUUAAAAUUGGCUUUGUGGCACUUAUCUGUGGUAUUUAUAUCGCUUAUGUCUGUAAUUGUGCUCAUCAGGUUGUUCCUAUUCAUUUUCUUCUGGUUCUUUGGAGUAGAUUAUUGGCUGUUCCCCAAUUUGUUUGAUGAAGAAUGUAACGUCGUCGAAUCUUUUACGCCCGUUCAUCAAUGGAUUUACAGAAAUGACACGUGGCUUCUAGUCAUUGCAAGGAUGUUUACGGCUGUUUUGUUAGCCAUAGGUAUACACCAGUUGGGAAAAACUCAUUCCAUUUCCGAUAUUGGUAACUUUGCUACACAGUCCUUUAUUGAUAUCAUAGAAUGGGGUAAUAAGAAGUUGGCUGCUUCUCCGGAGAAUGUGUCUAUGUACAAGUCUUUGGACUCCAAGGCGACUUUCGAGGUGGAGUUCCAGGAUGACGGCGUGGUGUACGACGAGAACGAGGAGAACUACGACUGCUUGAAGGGGUGCGGCUUCCAGACGUUCGAGGAGCUCGUGCGCAAGUGUUUCCUCAAGUGCGAGUGCAUGGAGAAAGUUAUCAAGUCGGAGUGCUACAAGAAAAAGUGCUCACGGGUUACCAAGGAAGUUUUGGACGAAGCACACAAAGAAGCUUGCUUUGGGAAGAAGGACAAAUAG